CCUGAGUAGAGAGAUCCACGCACAGACUCCCUCCUGGGCUUCUGGCAGCAUGGCCCCACUGAAGACGCUGGCCCUGGUCAUCCUCCUCCUGGGAGCAUCUCUGCAGCACAUCCAUGCAGCUCGAGGAACCAAUGUGGGCCGGGAGUGCUGCCUGGAGUACUUCAAGGGAGCCAUUCCCAUCAAAAGGCUGGUGUCCUGGUACCAGACCUCAGCGGAGUGUCCCAAGAAUGCCGUCGUGCUUGUAACCGUCCGGGGCAGGGCCAUCUGCUCGGACCCUAAUGACCGCAGAGUGAAGAAGGCAGUGAGACACUUGCAGAGCCUUGCCAAGUCCCACAGCCCCAUCACCAGGGCGCCCUGA